AUGGAGCCCAGCAUGGAGAACUGCCUGGCCCAGGUCCUGCAGAAGGAUGUGGGCCGACGUCUGCAGGUGGGCCAGGAGCUCAUCGACUUCAUUUCAGACAAGGACAAGUCCGAUGACCUUGAGCAGGAUCAAACCGUACUGGAUAAGAUGGUGGAUGGCAUUGCCAGCUCCUGGGUCAACUCCAGCAACUUCAAGGUGGCACUGCUUGGAUUAGACCUCUUAUCUGCCUUCGUGACAAGGUUACAAGAACGAUUUAGGGGCCAUGUGGGAACAGUUCUGCCCAGCCUCAUAGACAGAUUGGGUGAUUCCAAAGACCAAGUACGAGACCAGGACCAAAUGCUGCUACUGAAGAUUAUGGAGCAGGCUACCACCCCCCAGUAUAUGUGGGACAGAAUGCUGGGAGGCUUCAAACACAAGAACAACAGGACCCGGGAGGGUGUGUGCCUUUGUCUCAUAGCUACACUCAAAACGUAUGGUGCUCAAGGGCUGACUCUAAAUAAAAUCGUCCCUCACAUAUGUAACCUCCUGGGGGACCCCACCAGUCAGGUGCGUGAUGGGGCCAUGAGCAGCCUAGUUGAGAUCUACAAGCAUGUUGGUGAGAGAGUGAGGAUGGAUCUCAGCAAGAAAGGCCUGCCGCAAUCAAGGUUGAAUGUAAUCUUCAGCAAGUUUGAUGAGGUCCAAAGAUCCGGGAACAUGAUUUCUUCCUCGGGCUCAGAUAAGAACUUUGAGGAUGAGGAUUCUGUGGACGGAGGCAGGUCCUCCUCCUCCUCGUCCUCCAAAGCGCCCCCCAGUGGCCGAAAAACUGUAAUGAGCUCUGUCAGAAGGCCCAGCUCAGCCACUCCAGCCAAGGCCACAGGAAAAGAAGCAGGAGCAGGUGCCGUGGAUGAAGAGGACUUUAUAAAGGCCUUUGAGGAUGUGCCCACUGUCCAGUUCUACUCAAAUAGAGAGCUGGAAGACCACCUGACAAAGAUCAGAGAAAUGCUGUCUGAUGACAAACAUGACUGGGAGCACAGAGUGGUGGCACUGAAGAAGGUGCGCUCUCUCAUGUUGGCGGGAGCGGCAGAGUAUGAAGGUUUCCCCCAGCAGCUUCGGCUCCUGGAGUCUGCCCUCAAGCUGUCUGCUAAAGACCUACGCUCCCAGGUUGUCCGCGAGGCCUGCAUCACGUUAGGACAUUUGUCAUCGUUGCUGGGCAACAAGUUUGACCACGGGGCAGAGAGCGUCAUGCCAAUACUACUGAAUCUGGUUCCCAACAGUGCAAAGGUCAUGGCCACAUCUGGGAUGGCUGCCAUCCGCCUCAUCCUCAGGCACACACACUAUCCACGUCUCAUCCCCAUCAUUACCAGUAACUGCACUUCCAAAUCAGUUGCUGUCAGACGACGAUGUUAUGAGUUUCUGGACCUCAUGCUUCAAGAGUGGCACACCAAUACACUGGAAAGACACGUGGCUGUAUUGACCGAGACCAUCAAGAAAGGCAUCCACGACGCAGACUCCGAAGCCAGAUCCAUCGCCAGAAAGUGCUACUGGGGUUUCCAUGGCCACUAUAGCCGGGAGGCAGAGCAUCUGUUUCAGGCGCUGGAGUCCAGCUAUCAGAAGGCCCUCCAGUCCCACCUGAAGAGUUCUGACAGCAUCGUGUCCCUCCCCCAGUCAGACCGCUCCUCAUCUUCCUCCCAGGAGAGCCUCAACCGGCCACUGUCUGUGAAGAGUGUCAUCGGAGGGAGCAUAACAAGAAGUAAGCUGGUGAGCACCAGGGUGCCGACCACGCCGGGCUCACUUCAGCGUUCCCGUAGCGACAUCGAUGUUAAUGCAGCAUCCAGCGCCAAGUCCCGCCUCUCCACGGUUCCCACCUCCUCCCCUUUCAGCUCAGCCGCUGCGCUCCCCCCGGGCUCCUACGCUUCUCUAGGCCGUAUUCGUACUAGGAGGCAAAGCUCAGGCAGUACAGUGGGGGCCAGUACCACAAUGGUGGACAGCAGGGGACGCAGCCGAGCCAAAGUGGUCUCCCAGUCCCAGCGAUCCAGAUCAGCCAAUCCCAUCAGUGCUGGCAGUCGCUCCAGCUCCCCUGGCAAACUACUGGGCCACAGCAGUUAUGGCCGCAUCCCCAGAGCCACCGUAUCGGCCUCCAGCACGCCAGCUGACAAGCGCAGCAGGAUCCCCCGCAGCCAGGGCUGUAGCCGUGAGACCAGCCCCAGUCGACUUGGCAUCGCCCGGAGCCGCAUUCCCCGCCCCAGCAUGAGUCAGGGCUGCAGCCGCGACACCAGUCGCGAGAGCAGCCGCGACACAAGCCCCGCGCGGGGCUUUGCCCCUCUGGCCUCCCGACGGCACUCCCGCUCUACCAGCGCCCUCUCCACGGCCGACCCCCACGGCCAGACAGAUCGCUAUGGUUUGAUCCAUCAGGCCAGAAUCUCGGCAUCUGUCAACGCUAUGAGGGUCCUCAACACUGGCACGGAAGUGGAGGCUGCAGUUGCUGAUGCUCUGAGGAAGCCGCUGAGAAGGAGGUACGAGUCGCCGGGGAUGUACUCGGACGACGAUGCCAACAGUGACGCUUCCAGCGCUUGCUCGGAGCGCUCCUACGGCUCCAGGAACGGAGGCAUCCCACACUACCUGCGCCAGACAGAGGAUGUAGCGGAGGUCCUGAACCAUUGUGCCAGUUCCAACUGGUCAGAGAGGAAGGAAGGUCUGCUGGGGCUACAGAACCUCCUCAAGAGCCAAAGAAUACUUAGUCGUGUGGAAUUGAAGAGACUGUGUGAGAUUUUCACAAGGAUGUUUGCAGAUCCACAUAGCAAGAGAGUAUUCAGCAUGUUUCUGGAGACACUGGUAGACUUUAUCACAGUGCACCGGGAGGACCUGCAGGACUGGCUGUUUGUCCUGCUCACCCAGCUGCUGAAGAAGAUGGGGGCCGACUUGUUGGGAUCUGUUCAGGCCAAAGUCCAGAAGGCUCUGGAUGUCACAAGGGAGUCCUUCCCAUUUGACCAACAGUUCAACAUUCUGAUGAGGUUUAUUGUGGACCAGACUCAAACUCCAAACCUCAAGGUAAAGGUUGCUAUUCUGAAGUACAUUGAGUCUCUGGCUCGGCAAAUGGACCCCACUGACUUUGUCAACUCGAGUGAGACGCGCCUGGCUGUGUCCCGCAUCAUAACCUGGACAACUGAACCCAAAAGCUCUGAUGUUAGGAAGGCAGCCCAGGUGGUUCUGAUCUCCCUUUUUGAGCUCAACACCCCAGAGUUCACAAUGCUGCUGGGAGCCCUGCCAAAGACCUUCCAGGAUGGAGCAACCAAACUGCUGCACAGCCACCUCAAGAACUCCAGCAAUACCAGCAGCAAUGUGGGCUCUCCGAGCAACACUAUUGGCCGGACUCCACCGCGCCACACCCCCAGCAGGACCAGUCCCCUCACCUCCCCCACCAACUGCUCCCAUGGAGGUCUUUCUCCAAGUCGGUUGUGGGGUUGGGGUGUUGACGGGCUGUCUAAGCAUCCCCCUGCUCCCACUCCUCCUACUCCUCCUACUCCGCCUCACUCCACCCCUGCUGCCCCCUCCCUCAGGGUCCUGCGCAGAGCGUACUCACCCAGCAUGGUGGAGUAUGACACAGAGAACAUGAACUCGGAGGAGAUCUACAGCUCACUGCGUGGCGUCACUGAGGCCAUCCAGAGCUUCAGCUAUCGCAGCCAGGAGGACCUUAAUGAGCCUAUCAGGCGAGAGGGCAAGCGGGAUGAUGCGGCUGGGAGGGAAGGGGUGGCAUCUUCCCCUGGUUCCGAUCCCCGGCUGGGCUUGGACAUGUUGGAGGGUGGCCGCACUGCCCUGGACAACAAGACCUCGCUGCUAAACACCCCGUCACCACGUUCUUUCUCUGGGCCGCGGGGCCGAGAGUUUGCCCCCUAUGGAUACGGAGAAACAAUCAGCGCCUACGACAAGAGCGCCCUGAAGGAGGCUGUCUUUGAUGAUGAUGUGGAGCAAUUCCGCGACUUUGGUCAGGACCACUCAGACAUGGUGGCUGACUUACUGAAAGAGCUCUCCAACCACAACGAACGUGCAGAGGAGCGUAAGGGGGCCCUGGUGGAGCUGCUGAAGAUCACGCGGGAAGACAGCCUGCCUGUGUGGGAUGAACACUUCAAAACCAUCCUGCUCCUUCUUCUGGAGACCCUAGGCGAUAAGGAGCACACAAUCCGAGCCCUGGCCCUGCGUGUCCUGAAAGAGAUUCUGCGAAACCAGCCGGCCCGCUUCAAGAACUACGCUGAACUCACAAUCAUGAAGACCCUGGAGGCUCACAAAGACUCCCACAAAGAGGUGGUGCGUGCAGCAGAAGAGGCAGCCUCUACUCUGGCAGGCUCGAUCCACCCAGAACAGUGCAUCAAGGUGCUGUGCCCCAUUGUCCAGACAGCAGACUACCCCAUUAACCUGGCUGCCAUCAAGAUGCAGACCAAAGUCAUCGAGCGAAUCACCAAGGACUCUCUGCUCCAGCUGCUGCCUGACAUCAUACCGGGACUUCUUCAGGGCUAUGACAACACCGAGAGCAGCGUUCGCAAGGCCAGUGUGUUCUGUCUGGUGGCUAUCUACUCCGUGAUUGGCGAGGAGCUCAAACCCCAUCUGGCACAGCUCACGGGCAGCAAGAUGAAGCUGCUGAACCUGUAUAUUAAGAGGGCGCAGACCACCAACAGCAAUAGCAGCAGCUCCUCAGACGUCUCAUCUCACAGUUAAUGGAAGGAGGUUUUGGGUGGGAGACCCCAUGGAUGGCCAUCUGACUAGAUGGUGCAUUGGCCUGGAGGAUACCGCACCCCUAUCAGACUCCUCCAUCUCUGAGCUUCGUCAUUUCAGAUGGAGACUCUGGCCCCUAACCCUAGCAUCAAAUCACCGAACAAACCCGCUUUCUUCAUCAUGGCUCAAGCCCUGCCAUUUCCGGCCACCUGUCGAAUCCCCAUAUGUCACUUAGUUCCAUUCCUCGCCUUUACUCCAACAUGCUUUGAAUGUACCUGAGGUUUGGUUUUCGGAAGGGAGGCAGGAGGUGGGAAGCUGUUCAACUUUUCUGUUCUCUUCCAAUGAGAGGCACUCUUUCCACUUCCAUACUGUAGAGCUAAACAAGUACCGCUCAUCUUCAUAUGUUCCGGCAUUCUUAAGGAAUUUCACAAAAUGUCCAGACGCAAUACCCUUAAAUUUAUACUUCAAAUUGGAGGAAGUACACUUGUGCAAGGAGACAUAAUAAAGGAAUUCCAAAUAAAUUUUAAUGAGGGGUAAAAUAUCAUUUGGCUGGCCCAGUGAUGGUAACAUUACAGAAUUGGGGGUAGGGGUUAAGUCUGGUUUUGAGGAACCAAGAAAACCAAAUAUUGCAACUAUGAGAAGUAAUGUAAAUGGAUUAAUGAGACAGUAGCAACUGAAAGUACUGUAUGACCAUUCUGUUUUCUAAGUUUGUAAAUCAUUAUCAAAGGUCAUUGACACCUGCACAGAUGUGUGUUGAUUUUCAUUCAGUGCUAAUUUAGAAUGGAGAGAUUCCUGAUUAUUUUAACCGCCACUCCAUUGAAAAGAUUAUGCUUAAAAGAUAACAAAUUCCUAAAGAAUCAUUUUUCAGGAACUGAACUGACAAUCCUGGAAAGAAAGUGUUGUGCAUCUUAGAAAACAUAUUGCACAAAAUCCUUAUUCCGCCUUGAAAUUCUUCAAUAACAAUCAGCAAACAGAAAAGGGUUGCAAUUGAGCCCAGCCUUGUCUGCUAUUACCGUGUUGCCUGUAAUUCCAGAUAAUGACUGACCUGCUCCAUUAUCAGUCAAAACACGGUACAAGUCCAAAGGAUUCACCUUUUUGUUUUCGUUCCGCUCUCAUAAACAAAGCACGCCCUUUGCUUGCGUGGCCAGUUUAUGGCAUCUUACCUGUAUGUCUGUGAUGCUGCUGCUCAGUCAACUUCAAGUGAGCGAACACUGUCAGAGGAAGAAGAACUUCUCAUUGUAGAUACUGCGAAUGUUUACCGGCUCGGUGUCAAGAGAGAGACUGACGAUCCGAGACAGUGGAAAGACAUGUCCAGGCCUUAUUCGUUUUACACACACUGACGUUUCUUCAGCAGGACUACAAAGCGCAAAAUGGGACGCACGGUGCUGAAGCUCUUGGCUCUUGAAAUGUGAAUCUGCGUAGAGUUUGAACAGGAAAACGGACCCCUGCGGUGUUGCUGACCGACGGUGGGUCAACGAGGACUGUCAAAUGUGAAUACAGUAUUAGUCACUCUGCCGCUCACCCCCCCCCCUCACGUAACCACAGCUUCUGCAAUAACAAUAGAACCACCAGGUUAAAGUGUUUUGUACAUAUACUUUUUGAACACUGCUUCGCAAAUUUUACAGAUUGAUGAAAUAAGAAAAAAAAAAGGUUGGCUAUCACGUUUUUUGCACGUUAGCAAAAUAGCUUGCAUGUUAUUCAGAGGCACACGUCAACAUUGUGCUGUUUCGAUGGGCCCAGUUUUUUGGCUGUUGAAGUGCACUUGUAAACAUCACUGGUUAAGUCAUUCCUGACUUACUUAUUUAUUCUGUAAAGCAAGUUGCCAUAUAAAUCAUGAUCAUAUUUAAAGGAGGUUCAUUUUGAUUGCUGUGAACAGAAUGCACUGCUCUCAUGAUGUCAGGUCAAAAAACCCAGAGCAUUCUCUUUGCACACCAUGUGUUUUAGGCAUGGGAUCUUAACAGUGGUACAAUAUUUGGACCUGACCAGAAAAAUGGUAGCCCUUGCCGUCAUUGUGAUUUUUGGCAUCAGUAUCCAUUUUGAAAUGUCAACAUUUACUGAAUAGUGUCUAAUAACAUUAAAAUGUUGGAAUCUUACUUUGAGAACGCCAUUUUUUUUAAUGUCGAGAGGGUCAUGUUUAAGCCAUAGCUUGGUGUUUAGAAAGAUUUUAUCUCUCCCAUCCAAGAUUUUUAUUGUUUUAUGUGAUCGUUUUGCCCCUUUCUCUCUUUGCUGGUAAAUUAAGUUGUGAUAGAAUCUCCCUAGUCUUUGCUGUACUUGAGGACCCCCCCACCCUACCAAACUCCCCUGAAGAAUUCCCAAAGGGGCCCCAACCCUCAGUUUGGGAACCAAAAUUCUUGAAAAAAAAAAUCUUAGCAAAGUAAUUGAAUGUACAGAAGGUCAUAAACGAUAUUAUUUGCUCCAUCGCAUGGUAAAGUGUUCUUUCAUUCAUUUUAGAACCCAUUUCAAAUUUUAAAGCUUCAUAAACUAAAAAUCCCAAACAAUUACCCAGCCCCACAUACUCAACUUACUCCAUAGUCAGGUCCUUUAACAUACUUCAACAGUUAUCCAUAACCAACUAGUUUCCUAUAUUUGCAAUGGGGAUCGUAAAUCCACCAGAUUAAGGAGACAGCCAACAUGCACCAGGGGUAUGCCAAGUUUUGAUCUACCGAUAGCAAAAUUGUCAUUCAGAAAUCCAUCAUACUUUACCAGUCGCUGUAACGACUGUGUCCUUUGCAAACUGUUCACUAUGCAUGUUACAAUUUGUCUUUUGUCUCGUUUGAUCAUGUAAUAUUCAUAUAUGUAUUUAUAUUUGUUUUAUUUUUGUUUUAUUGAUUUUUUUUUCAUGCCAAACUGUACAGAAGGGUUUUGUUAACAUCCACCUGUGAUAGAUUUGCAAUGGUGUAAAGAAAAAAAGAAUGUUUGCUCUAGAAAUAAACAAAC